AUGUUUCGGCUACAACUUGGAAUCUCCCUUGUCAAUCUACCAGAAGCUCUGGAACAGGCGAAGAGGACCAACAAGAGGGUUUACCUUGAGCUCCGAAAACUCGAUCAGAAACUGGCAGCUGAGACAAACAUCGAGGCAUUCACGCAGUUUUUCUUCUCGUCUCAGUUUCGAAACUUCAUGGACGCCCGUGUUGACACAGCAAGGGCCCAAUGGUUGAGAAACGCUCGGGAUCUGAAGGCUGACAUCGCCAAAAGAUUACUGGAAAUGCCGACGAUGACGGACAACUAUCAGGAGAAUAAGGAUUCGCAAGAGUUUCAAGAUAUUCUGCGAAAAUGGGAGUACCUGAGUUCUCUUAACGAUGAUGUCUGGACAUUGCAACUCAGCUGGGACUGGCCAAACUGUGAGGGGAACAGGCGAAGAGACGGAUCCAUCCCAGACGUUUGCGAGUUGCCGCCUCCCAAGCCUACCACGCAAGCUACGGCAUCUUCGACCACUCCGACAGUCCAGUCAACCAUGUCUUCACCUCAAAUGACAGGCGCACCCUCAAUCACGCCCUCUGCGACGACGACAUCGCCCGUCCCUUGCGGCACACAGCAAUGCUCGACCAUCACUUGCCCAGACGGCCAUGCGGGAGAGUGUAUGGCUCUUCCCAUGAACCGAGGCCUCAGUGCUACGACAACCACCGCACAGGAGGCCAUAACGCCCAUCCCCAGCAGCCUGACGUGUUUCAAUGACGAAGACUGUGGCAAAUGCGAGGACAACAACGAGGUCGGAAGGAGUCUGAGCCAGACCCCCACAACCGCCCCACCGGUCACAACGACCACGGCAUCGCCUCCUCGAUGGACAGGAACUUGCAACAAGCAAGGUACUAGAUUCGAGAAGAGCCAGGCUUUGAAGUGGGUUGAAGAGUUCUGCGAGGAUGCUCAUGAGAAUGAGUGGAGCGACAAGUGGUUUUCCCAGGACAGUAUGCAGGUCAAGACCAAGGGGAUCAAGGUAUACAACGAUAUGGACCAGCCCAUAGAGGCUGCGUUCAGGUUCUUCAUCAAGGUCAGCAAACGAUCGGGGAAGGAGAAACAGUUUUGCGACCAGCAGGGAGACGGGUCCAACAUCAAGUCCGCGCUGGAAUUGCUGAAGAAGAGCCCCGUCACGUGCAAGGAGCAAUUGGGUAUUCUGGUGAACGACUGCAAUUGGAAUGGUGAGGCUGGUCGGAACCAUCCAUCGGGCGGGAACCGACCUGGACUGUGCCUGGAAUGGGAAUUGUCCGCCAAGAUAGAGGCAUAG